AACUGGUGUAGAAAGAGCACUUUGUCUUUCAGUAUCCUGCUCUGAUGACAGGCAUGGCUGUGGUCGACUAAAUCCGGUCCUUUUUCAGUAUGUCGGAAAGCUAGCGACAUGUGUCUGAAGCAUACUUGUUAAAGGAGUUUUGUUUUCCCAGUUUAAGAGUUCGAGGCAGUUUAAAAAUGGACUCUGAAAACACGUCGGGAACCAGAGCCGAAGGAAGCGCUGCCAUGGACUGUGAAACCGACGCAUCUGCAGAAUUUAAGAAAGUCAAAACAAAAAAGAGUAGUAAGCGUAAACUGAGAGACGCGGACAUGGAAUCUGAGGAUACUGUGGCUUGCAAGAGACCAGAUUUUCCGCCCAUUUCAGGCGAGAAAUUAAAGGGAGGAUCAGAUGAAAUGCGAAAAGUUCCAGUACCUGCUCAUCGGUACACGCCAUUGAAGGAAAACUGGCUGAAGAUUUUCACCCCAAUUGUUGAACAUUUACAGCUGCAGGUCAGGUUCAACCUGAAAACUAGGAAUGUUGAAAUCAAAACGUGUAAAGAAACGCAGGACAUUGGUGCGCUGACGAAAGCCGCAGAUUUUGUGAAAGCGUUUGUGUUAGGAUUUCAAGUGGAGGAUGCACUUGCACUUAUCAGACUAGAUGAGCUUUUUCUGGAAACCUUUGAUGUUACAGAUGUGAAACCGCUGAAGGGAGACCACCUGUCCAGGGCUAUCGGAAGAAUAGCGGGUAAAGGAGGGAAAACCAAGUUCACCAUCGAGAAUGUGACGCGGACACGCAUUGUGCUCGCCGAUUCAAAAGUACACAUAUUGGGAUCUUUCCAGAACCUUAAAAUGGCAAGGACUGCUAUAUGUAACCUCAUCUUAGGAAGUCCACCGUCGAAGGUAUAUGGAAACAUUCGAGCAGUGGCCACCCGGGCAGCAGAGAGGUUCUAACCACUUCAGACACCUGAUACACGUGACUGGCUGAGACGUGCACAAGUGACACAAAAAAGAAAAAAAAUAAAGAAAAAAAAUUUAAAAAGGA